AAGACCCUAUAAAAUUUGCAAAGGGUUGGCAAAGAAUAAGUAGAGUAAGUGUUUUCUUUGCCGGGAGCUGUGCUCCCUACUUGCCCUGCAUUGUUUCGCGUGCCAAUAGUACUGGGAGAAACUGCCAGGGUGAGGAGCAAAAAUCAAACGAAGGAGUUAUUUCUUUAUCUGAAGCUGAACAAUAAAAGUACAGCUUCUAAUGGCAUCUCAUAAAGACAGCCAUUUUUUUGAAGGAAGAAAAAGUCAAAGUGAUCUAAAUGAAAAUGGAGCCUCUCAUGGAGAAUGGGGUAGAGCAUGGAAGGCUGACUGGUUUUCUUUGAUAAGUGUCAUCUUUCUACUCUUGUUUUGCCCCUUUAUUGUCUACUAUUUUAUAAUGUCAUGUGAUCAGUACCAUUGCUCUUUGAGUGAGCCAGCCAUCCAGUUGCUUACGGGAAAAGUUCACCUCUUAGAUAUCUGGGACAAGACACCACCUUUCUCUUGGAAAGUUCUAAUCCUUUACUUUUCUUGGGUAAUGUUCCAGGCAUUUUUGUUUAUGAUUCCUGACUUUUGCCAUAAAUUUAUUCCUGGAUUUCAAGGAGGAGUACAAGAAGGUGCCAUUUCACCUGCUGGUUUCAAACUCAAAUAUGAGAUUAACGGACUACAAGCUUGGCUUAUAACACAUGCCCUCUGGUUUGCAAAUGUUUACUACUUCCAGUGGUUCUCACCCACCAUCAUUUUUGACAACUGGAUCCCACUCUUCUGGUGUGCAAAUAUUAUGGGCUACUUGACGUCCAUAUUUGUUUGGAUAAAAGCCUACUUGUUCCCUUCUAAUGCAAAGGAUUGCAAAUUCACUGGCAAUUUCUUCUAUGACUUCAUGAUGGGAAUUGAAUUUAAUCCACGCUUGGGAAAGUGGUUUGAUUUUAAAUUGUUUUUUAAUGGCCGACCUGGAAUUGUAGGAUGGACUUUGAUUAAUUUAUCCUAUGCUGCAAAACAACAGGAAUUAUAUGGGCAAGUCACUAAUUCUAUGCUACUUCUCAAUGUCCUACAGGGUCUGUAUGUUCUGGACUUCUUUUGGAAUGAAAAUUGGUAUUUAAAAACAAUGGAUAUUGCCCACGAUCACUUUGGAUGGUAUCUGGGCUGGGGAGACUGUGUUUGGCUUCCCUAUCUCUAUACUCUGCAGGGGUUGUAUUUGGUCUAUCAUCCUGUCCAGCUUACUACCAGUUAUGCAGUUGGAAUUCUUCUUCUGGGUUUGGUGGGCUACUAUAUUUUCAGAAUGACCAAUCAUCAGAAAGAUCUCUUCCGUCGCACUGAUGGCAACUGUAAAAUAUGGGGCAAGAAACCCAAAUAUAUUGAAUGUGCCUACACAUCAGCCAGUGGAACUAAACACUACAGUAAACUGUUGAUUUCAGGAUUCUGGGGUAUGGCCCGCCAUUUUAACUACACUGGAGACUUGAUGGGCUCCCUGGCAUACUGCCUGUGUUGUGGUUUUAAUCAUAUUCUUCCUUAUUUCUACAUAACUUUUAUGACCAUUCUCCUGGUCCACCGCUGCAUUAGAGAUGAACAUCGAUGCUCCAACAAGUAUGGCAAAGACUGGAAGAGAUAUACUGAUACAGUACCAUACCGACUCUUUCCAGGGAUUUUCUAAAUGCUUAUUUUAGACUUAAAAUGUUUUGCAAAAACAAGUUUUGAUACAUUUAUCAGCAGUAUUUUGGCACAUAUAAUGGUGCAUGAUUUGCUUACUUCUUAAUGUGUUAAAAAUAAAAUUUAACAUAAAAUGCGCAUUACA